AUUUUAUUGCAAUGUAUAUCCUGCCAAAAUGCGAAUUGACGAAAUCCUGUGACAAGAUCGCUUACCAAGUAAAAAGAACUGAGCAAAAUCAGCUUGAUAAUGACAUCUACGUUUGUGAAAACUGUGUGCAUCUCAACUACAGUGGUGAACCUAAUAUUGCUCUUCCUUCAACAGAACUGAUUGUUGAGACUCUGCACUCAGUGGACUUUGCUCUCAAGCAAAUGAGUUUGCAAAUGAACACUCACAGAUUAGACAAGAAGUGGAACAUUUUUGAGUCAGAACUAAACUCUUUUAAGAGAACCUACAGACAGUUUUGAGGUGCCUUUGGAGCCAUUCAACAUAGUGAAGAGUGGGUUAAGAUGGUGCAGUUGUUUGAAAAUCUGAAGGACUUCUUGGAUCGUGUUUAUAAUUUUGAGUUGAUGAAAUCUAAGAGAAGGAAAUUUCAUCGUAAUGAGUUUGAAACAGGAGAUAUUCUCAGUAGUUUAGCUCCAGAGCAAGGGCUUGAGGCUUGUCUCAAACAGCUAUCUAGCUAUCUAGAAACAAGAGAGAUCAAGUGUCUCCACGAGAGGCUGAAGGAAGCUAAAGACGAGGCUAAUGAAAGAAAAGAGAUGAUCAAACAGAGGGAUGAGGUGAUCAAACAGAGAGAUGAGGUGAUCGAGCAAAGAGAAGAACAAAUCAAAGAAAGUAAAGAGGAGGUUAAAGAAGUUCUUCAGGAAAAGCACGAUCUUGAGCACAAACUAGAAACACUUGUUGAAGAAAGGCAAGAACAGAUUCAAGAAAAACAAAAACAAGAAAAAACUAUUGAGGAAAUGAAAGAAACUAUACAAACCCUUGAAAAGGAUGCUCUUCCUUCAGAUCUCUCAUAUCAAGAACUAGAAACUAUUUACAACACCCUUUACGGUUCAAAAGAGACAUUUGAUGAAUCAUCUGAAAUUGAAAUAAGUGCAAAUUGUGAAUGAAAAGAUGUAAUUCUUUUGAAAACUCUCCAAUCCUAUAAACUACCACCACUGGAACUAGUUUCCCUUGACAUAAAUCCUACAGUUAUAAACCCAGAAACCAUAAACAGAUUCUUGACCAAUGCUUUUUCUUCUGAUGCCAAGGGAAAUAAUAAUGAAUUGCUUCUUAAAACUAAGCGAUUAGAAUUUAAUAAGGAUGGUGACAAGUAUGACUCUAUCUCUGAGUACAUGGCGGGGUUACUAAAAGCUAUCCCUAAAAUCUCUGAAUAUUUGGGUUUAUUUAACUUUUCAGUGUCUAGCAGUGAGUUUGUAGACUUAUUAGUAGUCGCCAAAGAUGUGAAAGUGAUAGAGUUCGUCUUAUGAAAAAUAAAAAUAGACGAAGAAUGAGAUUUUAGGAAUAAGCUUGACGAUUCUAGCUUUGAAAAGAUUGAUUUUUAUGGUUCUGGAUUGAAAAGCAAUUGGAAAACCAAUGACUACGCCUCCUUGAGAAGCAUCAUAAAAGGAUUAUCCAAGGUCCAAUCAAUCAAGGCUAGGCCUCUAACUAUCACUCUUGAUUGUUGCGGUCUGAAUAAGCAAAAGGCAGAAGAAAUUAUUAAAACAGAUUGCGGAAUGCAAAAUGUCACCAUAGAAGGUAUCUAA